CUCUCUCGAAGUCGCCAUUUUUGUCCUGACUCUUCUCCGGUGUUAUACGUCAAGCUUUUCUAUCUGCAGUGGUCUGCGUUUUUCAAUUGUAAAUUAUUGUUGCAAAAAGUUAUAAUCUACCGGUGAAAAGUGCUUCUAAUGAAAAUUUAACCCUUCUUCAAGCGUUUGAUGAUAAUAGUAGCUAAAAUUUUCCGUAGUGUUGGGUGAUUUUGGCGAUUGAAAAGUCAAAUUUUUCACCCCGUCCGACCUCCGAGUGGGUGACGAAGAGAAAAAAUCCUGUGUUUAUUAGGUACGAUAAUGGCUGCUGACGGUAGCAGCGAUUGAGUAGCAAGGCAAGCCUAGUAUUCUGUAUCGUCUGAACGGUGCGAGGGCACGACCAAGGUGCCUACCGUAACGAUGAGUGAAUCCGAAGAGGAAAUUGUAACUCGGGGCCGCGGUGGUCGGCCACUCCGUCGUAGAAGAGGUCCAGCGGUCAGAGGCGCAGUCGGCGGACGGUUACGGGAUGAUAGCGACACGGGAGAAAGCAACGGCAGCGAUAGUGGAAGCGAAAUCGAACAACCUGCACACAAGAAGAAGGGCAAGAAAAUUCUACUGGAAGAUGAAGAAGAGGCGGGUCCGAGCGGAACGCAGCAGCAGACCCCGGGUAUCGAGAGCUCCGAGUGGGAAACGGACUGGAAUAGUGACGACGAGCAGCUGCUCAAGGAAGGCGGCGCAAAGGCAGCCGCUGCACUAAUAAGUAAUCUAGGCUACGCGUCGGAUUCUUCAACCAGCAGUAAUGAGAGCGAGAAAUGUCCCAUCUGUUUGCUGUCGCUACAGGGUCAGGAAAUCGGUGUACCGGAGGUGUGUGAGCAUGUCUUCUGCGCUCCCUGCAUCGAGGAAUGGGCAAAGAAUGUGACAACCUGUCCUAUCGAUCGUAAAAACUUUGAUGUGCUCAAUAUCUACAGCACGAUCGAUCGGAAGGAGUUGAUUCGCAAGAACAAGGUACAGAAAAAGGCGGCCGAAGAUGUUCCCGUACUAGAGGAUCAUGAGCUAACCUAUUGCGAAGUUUGUCGUCGUCCGGAUCGAGAGGACACAAUGCUGCUGUGUGACUCAUGCAAUCUAGGCUAUCAUAUGGAAUGUUUAGAUCCGCCAUUGACGGAGGUUCCCUCGGGAUCUUGGUACUGCGAUUGCUGUUUUGCAUCCGGUUCCGACGAAGAUGACGAAGAGGUUCAGGAUCUGUUGAACGAUCUCAACGAAAUCGGAGGAAUUCGUCAGAGCCGGUUACGUGAACGGUUGAACAGUCCACCAAGAAUAGUUCGCACACGUCAGAGUGAGCGUAUAAGAUCGGCAAUUCUGACGCGUACUGCAACUAAUGUUCGCUUAAAUGUAGUCCAAGAACCGGGUCAACCUGGUCCUUCUAGCAGAAGAUCAGGUGCGUCAUUAACAGCAGCAGUUGCUAGGACACCAUCAAGCUCAGCUGUUAGACCUACGAAAACGACUCACAAACGUCGAAAGCGCCGUAAUCGACGGAAAAUUCUUCGCAUGAUUAUUUCCGAAUACGACGUGAACGAUGGAGAUGAUAAGUUUGCCCUAAAGCGUACUAAAAUUUAUAAGAAACUCAAGAAACUCAGCAAAAAGCGAUCUAAACGUAAGCUUAGUAAAUCUCGUAGUGCUCGCAAGAAGAAAUCACUUGGAUUGACUCCUGGUUUAAAUGAGGAAGCUAACGAGUUGCAGAGCCAACGGUUCAGUUCAGGCAUUCCGAUACUGAAACUAUUUAGUGGGGCUAACGAUUUGGACUACUUCUCGGAUGAAGAGCAAGAAGAUAUUGAAACAGAUGUUCCAGCGGGCCCACUUGGAGAUACAGCGAUCCGGAGCAUCCGUGCUUCGCUUCGAAACCCCCUUGGACGUCGUCGGGUUUUGAAGAGAGGAUUCGAAGCGAGCUCAAGUAGUGGACCGGUAGAUUUACUCGGUAGCAUUAUGGAAAGUCAGGAGCGCUGGCAUUCCAAAAAGGGUCUAGGAGAUGUUAAAAUCAACAAUGGAAAAAUUGUUUUUCAAAUUGAAACACCACAAAAGAAGAAUUCCAAUCCUCCUGGUGUUAUGCAGGCUGGGAUUGGAAAUAACUCACAGCAAAGCUUUAAUGUUUCAGGCUCUCGUGCCGGAGCGUCUGAUUCCACAAGUUCCAAUCGAACUGCUAAUCUAAGCCUGUCCGAUUCAGGAGCUGGAGCUGGUUUUCUAGGAUUGAGCUCUUUGGGUGGGUUUGGGUCAAACGAUCCGAACGAUGAUAGUGUCCCUGAUCCAUCGGAUAUGUCAAUUUUCGUAGAUCUUCCUCCAUUGAAAACUCCACCCAUUGAGGAGGAAGAGAAUAAGAAGAAGAAAGGCGAGCUGGAUAUGUUUGGUAUAGUUAGUCCAAUCCCACUCCCUUCGAUAAAUCCAGCUCCUGAGCCGAUAAUACCAACGGCUUCUAGUGAAGUUCCAAAAAGCGAUACGAAGGAUACUUUGGCACCCGGUACUUCUAGAGGCUUUGGAAAGUUUAAAUUUACCAUGACUGCUGAAACAAACAACUGUCCUAAUUUUUCCGUAUAUUCCUCGGAGACUCUUCAAUUUGCUAAAAGUGGUGGUGAAGAACCCUAUGAUCCAUUGGAUAGCGAACAAAAAACCGAUGAUGAAUUCGACGAGCGAGAUGAAGAUCUCGUUCAGCUAGACGACGAAGAACCGAACGCUGUUCAAAAGCCCGUCGAUUCUCCAAUAGAUCCAGCAGAUUCCCCAGUAGAGUCUGAAGAUUUCCCAGUAGAGCCUAAUCAGGAAGAAAAUAUCCCCAAUGGAACGGAUAAACUACCAACCGGAGCACCGGAUCACGAUGCCUUCGAGUCAGACUCCGAAGAUGAGCUAAAGAAAAUCGAGGAAAUUUCUACGCCCGUAGGUCCUGAACCGGAGCCCACCAACGAAAUGGAAGCGCUAACCCCGCCGCUCACUACGACUGUGGCUGCCACGUUAGCAUGUACCGCCGUCGCAACAAUAGCCGGCUCGCCACUGGACCCGGUUGUUGCCGAAGAAACCAACACAACCACCCCUCCGGUUGUUGCAGAUCGAUGCAUUACCGCUUCUCCAGUUAUUGCGGACACGACAACACCUCCUGUUACAACCCCUAUUGCUGCUGCUGCUGCUGGUGCCACUGCUUCCGGUAAUUCUGCACAAGGUGAGGAAGAUCGGAGCUAUACCCCCUGUCUGGACGAAAAGUAUCAGGAAGCACGCCGAGAGCAGGAUAGAAGAAGCAGCUCACCGACGUUACCAUUGUCAUUAACCGAUGGUAUAGACGGUAUAGACGGCAUGGACACCGAAUUGAUUUCGGAGGAGGAAGAAAACACCUUCCCAGAGGAUGAAGCACGCCCUUCGUCCGCUUCCAAGCCUACGUCGUCGGGCGCAAAGAAGAAAGACCUUACCUUCAAGAAGGUAAACAAAAAAGGAAAAGAGCGCAAUUAUCGCGAUAAGGACGGCAAGAAGAAAGACCGCAGCGAUGACAAGGAGAACGAGUCACGUCGCUCGCGUGAGCGUAAUCGAGACCGGCGUCCGAAACGCAAAGAAAUGCCGCGUUACGAUGUACGUACCCUGAUUGAAAAGCGACCCAAAGUACCGAAGGAUCCAUUUGGUCGGGACGUUACACCGAAACCUAGAUCGAAGACGCGCAGUCGCAGUCGAAGUCCGGAACGGCGAAGGGAAGUGUCAAUUUCGUUGAGUCCAGAGCCUCCACGACGUUACACCAGACGGCGAUCAUUCUCACCCAGAUUCAGAGCACGCAACCGAACGCCUCCACAUUUUCGUAGAAAUGUUUCAAGAUCACCCUCGAGAGGCCCUCGAUUGAGGUCGGUAAGCAGAUCUCGCUCCAGGUCAGCUGUCGUAGUACGACCACGUAAUCCUUCGCGGUCACGGUCACGGUCGCGGUCUCUGUCACCACUUCGUUUGCGUCUUCCACCUCGACCGGUUUCUCGGUCUCCAAGAGCUCGAUCACGUUCGCCAGAAAUCCGUGGAGCAAAAAUAAAGAAAACCAAGAAAAAGAAGCGCCUGACUCCACCAGUUAGUAGGAGUCGCAGUCCAAGUAUUGAUCGUAACAAAAAGAAGAGCAAAAAGGGACGCAAGAAGAAAACUAAACAUCGCUCGGGUUCUCCUGCAAAAAAGAAGAAAACCAGAAGGAGAUCUAUCUCACCGAUUAUAUUAAGGUCAAGGUCUCCUUCAAUUCUGAAUGCUGGAACGACUGGUGUUUUGACAGAACGCUUUGCUAAAGUUCGACAGCGAAACUCUUGGACGCCGCCACCGCCAAUGAGACCAAAAACGAACGGAACGAAUCUGACAGUGAUUUUAACGAAUGAGGAAGCCCUCGCCAAGCAAGCUAGGGAGCGCGAUCGGAAACGAAGAGAAGCCCGGCGUCGACAACACCGGGAGCGUGACAAAAAUCUACCCUCGAAGGAAGUAUUUACAUCAGGUGAUAAUAUAUUAGUUAGUGUUAGUUUUAACGACAAAAAUUUGAAUAAGGAGAAUCAGGAGGCAGCAGAUGGCACAGUUUCAGCUGCAGUGGCACAGAAGAGAUUGAAAGACAUGGCGAAGAAACGGGUCGAGGCAGAAAAAGCCAAACGAAGACGAAUGGAGCGAUUGAAGAGAACUCGAGGAGAGGCUCCCAAGCCAGUAGUUAUAAUAGACCUAGAUCGAUCACCGUUUCGCGUACUGACACCUUCCCCUAGGGCUAUCAUUGUACUUAGUGAUAGCGAUACGGAGAAGGAGAAGGAUCGCCGAGAAGUGGAGUCCAGCCGGACUGGAGCAACAAACACUCAACAUCCUACCGUGGAGGUUAGCACGAAUGGACCAUCUGCGAUGUCUCGCAAAUCACCGGUCGAUCGGCAUGAGGAGGAUAUGUUCGGACCGAAAACGCCACCCGGUUUUCCCAGUCAACCACAACCCCAACAAGGUAAACCUGCAGCGCCUAAAUUCACCAUGCAAGUGAAAUCCAAGCUCUCAAAUAUUCGUCCCUUAAAUCUACUCUACGAACCUGGAGAACUGGGCGAAAGUAAAACUCCCGAACGAAUGGAUAACGUCGAGAACUCCAACAUGAAUUACAACAUGGUUGGUCCAAAUACUCCUCCAGAACCAGCACCACAAUCUCCAUCGCCAGAUGUGUAUGAUCCGUUUGAGCCGACGAAAUCUCCUUCGCCUUCACCAUCGCGUCGAGAUAAUGCAUCAAUUGAGCGUCUUUCCGACUUAGAUGAUGCGGUAUUACCAACAAGCAGUGGAAAAGUUGACGGUCCUGACUCGGGUACCGGCGGCGAUCCAAAGGUUGAUUCCCAAAAUCAAGAUGAAGUUAUGAACGGUGAACCGGAACCCCUGCGGGGAAGCAAAAUUACAAUUCUCAGCAACAUUGUCAUCAGUCAGCCCGCAAAUAGCGGACAAGGUGUGGUUAGUGGUUCUGGCGUCUCUGGCAACCAGCACAACACUGGUGAUGAUUCGGACGUUAUCUUUGACGAUUUUGUCUCUUCGUCGGCUCCGGCGCCAAGUCAAUCUGUCGGCUAUAGCACCAACAACUCCAACCCCAUCAAGUCGUACAGCACAGCCGCAAAUUCGUCUAGCUUAAUUUCGAAACUACCACUGCCACCGGGAGCCAAUGCUAAUCAAAAGUUUAGUGACUUUAUUAACCCGACUGAUUCACCGUAUUCACCCGGAGCGAGCGAUUUCGAAGAUUUAUUCGAAGCGGGUGCUGAUAUGGAGUCACCACCGGCAGCACCAAUGAAACAGUCCUACAAACCUAUGAAGAUAAUGUCCAAGGGCGCAAAGAAAGGUGUGUUCGACAAUCUCUUCGGAGGUUCACCAAACAACAACUUCAAACGUAUGAAGAAACCUCCGCACAAAAAAAGAGGUAGACAGAGAGGUGAUGAUGAGGAAGAUUUAUCCAAGUUGUCCACAAAGGAAAGGUUCCUUAAAAAAUUAAACCGCCUGGAACGAGUGGUGGAAGAAGUGAAAUUGGUCAUAAAACCUUUCUACAACAAGAAACAAAUUAAUAAGGAAGAAUAUAAAGAUAUCCUACGACGUGCAGUUCCGAAGAUUUGCCACAGUCGAUCCGGAGAGAUCAACCCGAUCAAGAUUCAGAAACUGAUCAAGGCGUACGUGCGCAAGGUGCGUGCUAGACGGCGUCUCACGAAGAAGGUUCAAGGGAUGGGAAUGAUCGGGGGACCCCUCGGUUUUCCGGGAACCAACAUCAAUCCCAUGAUCAUCUAAAAGGCUGUAGGCAAUAGUACGCGAACGACAACAUCCGCAGCACUGCAACAACAAUGGUAAAACCCUGUUCAACCUUUAUGCCAAAUGACAGCGGUCGCGGCCAGCAUGCGCAGUGGAUAACUAUACGUGAACGUGUGAGCAGGCAUAAGUUAACAGGUUUGCUUCAUUGAUUAUCUUUUAUAUUUUUUAUCGGAUUUUUUUGUUUUAUGUGCGUUUCCAGCUUUUUAGUGGAUGCGCUGACACUUGUAUGUAAGUCCUAGCAACACUUAUGCUACAUUCUGAUGCGUUUGCUUGCAUAUCGAGCGUAAGUUUGUAUUGUUUUAUUAGUAAAAAUUCUUUGGCUGGGAAACCAAUCCGAAAUAGUGGAAUGAAUUGAAAACGCCGAGAAAAGUAAUGAAAAUUAUAAAUUCUUGGACAACAUGAGGAUUCCUUAUCAAAAAAAAGUUAUGUUAUUAGCGAUUAGUAUCGACACAACACACGAUCACGCAUCAAGUUUACUCGUAAUUGUGGUAGAGAGAGACUUAACAGGAAAGUCUAUUAGAAAUGGGGGUAUUUAUAACAAGUAUAUAAAAUAUUUAUUGGAUAUACACAAUUACUAGACCUAAAGUAAGUUGAUUAGAUUGUGCUAAUUGUAGAAUAUAAUCUCUUUAAGGUACAUUAUCAGUGUAAAGUUUGUCCAAUUACACGCUAGCUUUUAUCGAAUCUACGUUCGCGAGUUCAUUCUCUUUCGUCUCCAUCACUAUACUCUACACCUUCCGUAGCCGUCGAAACGAUUGUUUGCUGGUAAACAAUGUUCGAGCGUUAGGUCUCGCAAAACAACAUGCUUCCCACUAAUCCUAUCGUACUCUUUUGGAGCAAUGUGUGCAAAUGAAACCUUUUCACAACCAGAUACUGUUGUAUGGAAAUGCAAUUUAUUUUUAUUAUAAAAGAUUGCGGCCACUACAGGAUGAGUUCGCUAGUUGCACCAAGUAAUCAUCAAUCUAAUGUUAGUAAACUUACUGAUAAUUGGUCUUGUUCCACCUGAACACGAUUGAUCGAAAUGAAAGAAAUCAAAUAAAAUUCCUUGUAUGCUGUGUAGGCGAACUACCUACACAAACAGUAAAUCGACAAGCGGUAAAUAAUAACUGAUUUGCUAGGCUAGCCGAUCGGAGAAAUGCUAUUCAUUUAAAUUACACUUAUAAAUGAGUAAUUUUAAAUUUGUAGUGUUGCCUACACACAUAUGAAUAUAAUUAUAACAGAGAAAAUGCUAAUAAAAAGUGAAUAGUUUAAGAUAUUGA